AAUUUCCCACACACAAAAAACAAAAUCUAUCAAAACUAUGGAUACCAAUAUUGAUGCUUCAGAAGUUAUUGCUACUUCCAAUGGCAAUGUCAUCUGCCCUCCCAAAACUGACACUGCUUGUUGUGUACAGUCAUUCGCUGUACCGUUCAACCCGGCUGCCGAGGCCACGCUAGGCCGCCACCUAGCUCGUCGCCUGGUGCAGAUCGGUGUCUCUGACGUUUUUUCUGUACCAGGUGACUUUAAUUUAACUUUGUUGGAUCACCUCAUUGCUGAGCCCGGCCUCAACCUCGUUGGCUGUUGCAACGAGCUGAAUGCAGGAUAUGCUGCCGAUGGGUAUGCUAGGUCCUGCGGCGUUGGUGCAUGUGUGGUCACCUUCACCGUCGGUGGACUUAGCGUACUCAAUGCCAUAGCUGGUGCGUACAGUGAGAAUCUUCCUUUGAUAUGUAUCGUUGGUGGACCGAAUUCUAAUGAUUACGGCACCAACAGAAUUCUUCAUCAUACUAUCGGAUUGCCGGAUUUCAGCCAGGAGCUACGUUGCUUUCAGACAGUCACUUGUUAUCAGGUUGUGGUGAAUAACUUGGAUGAUGCCCAUGAGCAGAUCGACACUGCGAUCUUGACUGCUCUGAAAGAGAGCAAGCCUGUUUACGUCAGCAUAAGCUGUAAUCUGCCAGCAAUUCCUCAUCCUACGUUUAGCCGAGAACCGGUUCCAUUUUUGUUAGCACCCAAGAUGAGUAAUAAGAUGGGUUUGGAAGCGGCAGUUGAAGCUGCAGCAGACUUCUUGAACAGAGCAGUAAAGCCUGUAAUGGUAGGUGGACCUAAACUACGCGUUUCACAGGCGUGCCAGGCAUUUGUUGAAUUGGCAGACGCUUCUGGCUAUGCCCUUGCGGUAACGCCAGCAGGAAAAGGACUAGUUCCAGAGCACCAUUCUCAUUUCAUUGGGACAUAUUGGGGAGCUGUAAGCACAUCAUACUGUGCAGAAAUUGUUGAAUCGGCUGAUGCUUACAUCUUUGUUGGCCCUGUAUUCAAUGAUUACAGCUCUGUAGGUUACUCUCUCCUUCUUAUAAAAGAGAAAGCACUGAUUGUUCACCCCAACCGGGUCAUAGUCGGAAACGGGCCUGCUUUUGGUUGUGUUGCUAUGAAGGAUUUCUUGCAAGCUCUAGCCAAACGGAUUAAGAAAAACACGACUGCAUACGAAAACUAUCAUAGGAUUUUUAUCCCUCAAGGGCGUCCUCAGAAAGGUGCUCCUAGGGAGCCAUUAAGGGUCAAUGUUCUAUUUGAACACAUACAAAAGAUGUUGUCUGGUGACACAACUAUAAUUGCUGAAACAGGAGAUUCCUGGUUCAAUUGCCAGAAACUAAAACUGCCACAAGGAUGUGGGUAUGAAUUCCAAAUGCAAUAUGGAACGAUUGGAUGGUCUGUUGGUGCUACUCUUGGCUAUGCACAGGCAGCCACUAAUAAGAGAGUGAUAGCUUGCAUCGGCGAUGGCAGCUUUCAAGUUACAGCUCAAGAUGUGUCCACAAUGCUGCGAUGCGGGCAUAAAUCCAUCAUCUUCCUGAUAAACAAUGGUGGUUACACCAUUGAAGUAGAAAUCCAUGAUGGGCCUUACAAUGUGAUCAAGAAUUGGAACUACACUGGAUUGGUUGAUGCAAUCCACAAUGGUGAGGGCAAGUGCUGGACUACAAAGGUGUUUUGUGAAGAAGAUCUAAUAGAAGCAAUAGAGACUGCAACGGGAGCUAAAGAGGAUUGCUUGUGCUUCAUUGAAGUGAUGACUCACAAGGAUGAUACUAGCAAAGAAUUGCUUUUGUGGGGUUCAAGAGUUUCAGCUGCUAACAGCCGUUCUCCAAACCCUCAGUAAAAUUUAUUGGGUUUUACCCGCUUUACUCCUUUGUUAUUCUACUAUUGGAAUUCAAAUAAUGGUACAUUUGUAUUGUUGUGGUUAUUACAAGCAUCUUUUAUC